GCAGCCAUUCAGCGGCGGUGGCUGAAGCGAUUGGACUGCGAGCGUCUCUCCCGACACUUUCUGUGGAAUUUGAAUUAUUUCGGCACUGCACGGUUCGUGGUACACGGGGCGACGGCUUUAACGGGGCAUCUUCUGGGUCGCAGCGGUGAUCACAGGGAGCUCAGCGAUGAAUAAGCUACGGCAGAGCUUCCGCCGGAAGAAAGACGUCUACGUGCCGGAGUCGAGUCGGCCGCACCAGUGGCAGACAGACGAGGAGGCGGUCCGCAGCGGAAAAUGUAGCUUUGCAGUCAAGUACCUGGGACAUGUGGAGGUGGAGGAGUCCCGAGGCAUGCACAUCUGCGAGGAUGCAGUGAAGCGGCUGAAGACGGACAGGAAAUUCUUCAAAGGAUUCUUUGCAAAAGCUGGGAAGAAGCCAGUGCGCGCUGUGUUGUGGGUGUCGGCAGAUGGUCUUCGCGUCGUAGAUGACAAAACAAAGGACCUGAUUCUGGACCAGACAAUAGAGAAGGUGUCGUUCUGCGCGCCGGACCGUAACUUUGAGAGGGCGUUCUCCUACAUCUGCAGGGACGGUACCACGCGACGCUGGAUCUGCCAUUGUUUUAUGGCUAUUAAAGACUCAGGGGAGCGUCUCAGUCAUGCUGUAGGUUGUGCAUUUGCUGCCUGUCUGGAGCGAAAACAGAAACGGGAGAAGGAGUGUGGGGUCACAGCAACCUUUGACGCCAACAGAACCACUUUCACCCGUGAGGGCUCGUUUCGUGUUACUACGGCAACAGAGGCGGCAGAGCGGGAGGAAGUCAUGAGGCAGCUACAGGAUGCUAAAAACGCUGAGACAGAUGUGAAGACUGCUGGGAACUCAGCCACCAGCGUGACAAACUCCUCAGCACACCCGACGGGAGGCUCGCCAUCCCCGUCGUCCUCCCCUCCUCUCUCUGUGGCAAGCCUGGGACCCCAGGUGAUACCACGCAGACACGCACCGGCCGAGGUUCUCGCCAGGCAGGGCUCCUUCAGAGGCUUCCCGGCCCUCAGUCAGAAGACUUCUCCCUUCAAACGACAGAUGUCGCUGCGCAUGAACGAGCUGCCCUCCACCAUGCAGCGCAAGUCUGACUUCCCCAUGAAGAAUACAGUCCCUGAGGUAGAAGGAGAAAGUGACAGCAUCAGCUCGCUGUGCACUCAGAUCACCUCAGCGUUCAGUGGACCCCCAGAGGAUCCCUUCUCGUCAGCACCAAUGCCCAAACCAGCUUCAUCUCCACAGUCGCCUGUAGCACCAGUGAACGGCACAGCUCCUGCCUUCCCUGUUGCUGUUGCUGCUGCUGCUGCUGCUAACCCCCCAGUUCUGCCCCCCGCUCUGCCUGCCCGAGACACUAACCCCUGGGCUAAGACCCCAGCAGGGGCCCCGGCCUCAGCACAGCCAGGAAGUAACUGGUCAUCUCCGACUCCGGUGAUAGUGGUCCCCCCCACAUCCUCCCCGCCCACGUCCACCCACAAACGCACACCAUCAGAAGCAGACCGGUGGUUAGAAGAAGUCACAAAGUCUGUCCGAGGUCCUCAGCCUAAUCCAAUCAUGGCAGCAGCCUCGCCUCCCACCCAGCCGUUCCCUGCCCCUGUACCGAUGCCUGUGGCGUCUGUUCCCUCUGUUGCCCCGGUGGCCUUCAUGUCCCCUCUGCCCUCCGCUGUGCCCAUGUUGCCCCCUCGCCAGCCUGCCUUCCACGCUCAGGCUCCAGCCUCCUACCCGAUGCCCAAUGGGCUGCCGUUCCCUCAGCCCAGAGUGCCUGUGGUCGGCAUCACUCCUUCGCAGAUGGUGGCUAAUGUGUUUGGCUCAGCCACGCAACCCCAGCCGUUCCCCGUCCCAGCCUCCACAACACCCCAGCAUGAUGCCCAGGCUGUCGGCAACAUCAGCCCGUUCAUGAAACCCCCUCAAUCACACACAGUGCACCCUCCCCCCCUCCAGCCAUCCAAUGGUAGUGUGACCUUUAACGGGGCAGACAGCUGGGCUGCUCCGCCCCAACUCGCUCCAUCCUCCCCAGCCACCCAGCCGCCCCCACAGCCGCAGGAAGAUGCCUUUGAGGCCCAGUGGGCAGCCUUGGAGAGCCGCUCGCGCCAGCGCACCACACCCUCCCCGACAAAUCCCUUCUCUACUGAGCUGCACAAGACCUUUGAGAUCCAGCUCUGAAGACUGUGUGUGAGAUUAGAAAGUACUGGACAAUAAAGAGGCCAUUUUAGUUGGAGGAGCAGACGGAUGUUUGACUAAAGAAGAGAGGGGAAUCUCCUCCUGCCUCUCUUCAUCUUGGUUUCAGUGGACAAGCUCAGCAGGACCGAAGACAGCGGAGAGCAACGGGUGAAUCAACAGGGAGCAGAACUCUGCACAGCAGUGAGGGGAGGAAAAAACAAAACAGGUUGCUGUUAACAAGGGCGCAGCUCCCCAGGCAUUUCAUUAGCAUUGUCUGUAUUGUUUUGUUUGUGCUGUGCAGCGCAAGGUUGUCAUUACCCUGUGGAAUAUCUGUACCGAGCCACUCCCCCGUAAACCCCCUGCCACCCACACAGGUGAGGCGGCUCCCGUCCCCAGCUCACCUUUGCUCGGUCCAGCUCCCAGUGCUCACUGUUGACAGGACGAGACCUCCCUCCCUCACCUGGCAGAGGAACUGCAGCACUGAGAGAACUCAGCUUCCAGAUGAGAAGUUCUCAUUAAUAACUUCCCAAUCAGAAGAGUAAAGUGAGACAAUGCCAAAAUCUUUAUUUUUAUGCAUUAAGUAUAUUUUAAAUAGCUUUGGAAUCUAACAGAAGAGUUGUAAGUAAUCGUGCCAAAGGCACAGGCUAGCUACAAUGAGACGAGUUUAUGUUCGUGUAUACAAGAAAUGACCGUAUAUAUUAUACAUAAAUAUAUAUCUAUAAAGAAUCUAUACUGUACACACAGCUCACAGCAGUGCUAAUUUUUAAUGUGAUGUAAAGAGAUUUUGUGAAGGGACAGCUGCUUUACUUUUGUGUUAUUUUUGUUCUGUUUUAUUUUUGAAGAAAAAUCUCUUUAUUGCCGUCUGUUGCAUCCUGUGAUUGGAUGUGAAGCAUCUCACUGUAAAUAGGGUAUCAUUGCAGCAACAAUCAAUGUGGACCUAGCAAUGGUGGUGGUGCCCAACUGGUUGCCUCUCUUAACUGUGCUCAGUUUUUAAUAGUUUAGUACACAUCAGUACUUAACAUUUUACUUCUUCUGUCUUCGCUGUCAUUCUUUUUUUUUGUGUGUGGUAAUGAUUUUUUUUUUAUUUAACACAGUAGGAUGUGUCAUCUCCUGUUUCUCCACCUCUUACAUUAGUUUUUUUUAAAGUAGUUGAUUUCUAAAUUUUUAUUUUGCACAAGCACUAAAGUAGAUGAUUUGACCUCACAGGUGACCUUGAUCAACAUGGGUUUAGUCAGUUGUGGUGCUGCAGUAGCCGAGAAGCUGCGUGCUGACCUGCCCUGACCUCCGUUAGCCUGCUGUGACGGUCUGACGGUCAGCAGAAAACUACAGGGAGAUAUAAAAAAAACGGUUUCAUCUCUCACUGUCUGAUUUCUCUGUCAUGUUUUUAUUUUUUUAAAUCAAACCUGUGAAUAUGAUCUAUUAUCUGAUCUAUUUUUCCAUUUUGUAAUUAUUUCAUUACUUUAUUCCACUUCUUCGGAGAAAUAUUGAAGCUAAAAGAUUGAAUAAAUUGAUGGUGGUAAAGGAAAAA